GAUUGGCAGUUGGUACUAGAACAAAGCUAUUCUCUUUCGAAGACAGCAUGGUUUCAGCAGUGGCUCCAUCUGGUAGUGAUGGUAUCUGUGCAUCAAUGGUGCUAUCACAAGGCUACCCUUGUGAAGAACAUACAGUAACAACACAAGAUGGCUACAUACUCAGUAUGCAGAGAAUUCCAGCUGGUAAGUCCGGGGAGACCUCCGGGAAUAAGGUACCGGUUCUUCUACAACAUGGACUCCUUAUGGAUGGGAUAACAUGGCUGCUACUACCUCCAGACGAAUCUUUGGCAUUCAUCUUGGCAGAUAAUGGGUAUGAGGUGUGGAUUGCCAAUACCCGUGGAACCAAAUAUAGCCUUGGACAUACAUCACUCACCCCCGAUGAUCCGGCUUAUUGGGAGUGGUCAUGGGAUGAAUUGGUCGCUUAUGACCUCCCAGCCGCAUACCAGUAUGUGCAUGAUCAAGCAGGACAGAAGCUUCACUAUGUUGGACAUUCACUGGGAACUUUGAUUGCUCUUGGUGCUUUUUCAGAAGACCAGCUAGUUAACAUGUUGAGAUCAGCUGUCUUACUUAGCCCAAUUGCUCAUGUUGGUCAGAUAACCUCACCCCUUGCAAAAACUGCUGCUGAAAACUUCAUUGCUGAGGAUUUAUACAAAUCAGGUUUUAGAGAAUUUGAUCCAAAAGGACCAAUGAUAGUCCAAGUUCUUAAGGAAAUCUGCUCCAAACCAGGCGUUGACUGCACAAACUUGAUGACCUCUUUCACAGGCCAGAAUUGCUGCUUAAAUUCAUCCAUUACCGACAUUUUUCUAGACCAUGAGCCUCAGGCAACUUCAAUAAAAAACAUGAUCCACCUCGCUCAGAUGAUAAGAGAUGGAAAAGUUGCGAUGUUCGACUACAAUGACAAGGAGGAGAACCAACAACACUACGGUCAGGACACCCCUCCAGAGUACAAAAUGGCGAGCAUACCGCAUGACAUUCCUCUCUUCCUCGGUUAUGGAGGGGCAGAUGCGCUUUCUGAUGUCCAAGAUGUGAAGCUAUUGCUCAACAGCCUCAAAGAUCAUGAUGGAGAUAAGCUUGUGAUUCAGUACAUAGAUGAUUAUGCUCAUGCAGAUUUUGUCAUGGGUGAAAAUGCUAAACAAGAUGUGUAUGAUCCUCUCAUGGCUUUCUUCAAACUUCAGUGAAAAACUGAAAACCUCAUUUGUACAAAGUAAUAUCAAUACUUUCUUUCUUCUAAUUUUACCAACAAAAGUCAUACUAAAACAGUAAA